CCACCUGCUCUCCACUCACCUACCACCUCUAUAAAUUCACUGUCACUGAGCGAAUGCCCCCAGACGAACCAUCAUCCCCAUCAUGGCAGCCGCGCCAAUAGUCCGGCUUCUCCUUCUGCUGCUGCCGCUGCUGCUCGAGCGUGGCGGUGGGGCGACGGCCAACUCCGCGAGCCAGUGGCGGCCUCCUUCACGGGACCCGUGGCCUCGUCGUGAGAACCCAGGGCCUCCUGCUUCUCCUCCUCGUGAUAUCCCACCUCUUCCUCUUUUUCCUCCUCGUACGAUCCCGCUGUCUCCUCCUCAAUUUCCCCGCCCGGUGCCGUGGUCUUCUCGUGCUCGGAUCCGGCGUUCUCCUCUUUCACGGAUCCCGCAGCCUCCUCCUCCUCCUCCUCCUCCUCGUAAAAUCCCGCGGCCUCCUCGUCCUCCUCCUCCUCCUCCUCCUCCUCGUGGGAAAUGGUGGCAUCCCGUCUAUCCUCCUCGUCAAAUCCCGCGGCCUCCUCAAAUUCCUCAACCGGUCCUGUGGUCUUCUCGUGCUCGGAUCCGGCGUUCUCCUCUUUCACGGAUCCCGCGGCCUCCUCGCAUUCCUCCUCCUCCUCCUCGUGAAAUCCCGCGGCCUCCUCGCUUUCCUCCUCCUCCUCGUGAAAUCCCGCGGCCUCCUCGCUUUCCUCCUCCUCCUCGUGAAAUCCCGCGGCCUCCUAUAUUUUCCCAUCCGGUCCAGUGGCUUUCUCAUUCGCGGAACCGGCGUUCUCUUCCUCCCCGGGUCCCUCCGUCUCCCCCCGCUCCUCGCCACAACCGCUCCGAGUGUCCGCCCUCACGGCCCGCGGCCGCCUUGCCGGCCAACGCCACUGAGCUCGUCCUGAGCGGCGCCAACCUCUCGUGCCUGGCCCCCGACUCGUUCCGGGGCCUCCGCGGGGGCCUCUUGCGCGAGCUCCGCCUCGACGACAACGCCCUGGAGGCCCUCCCCGCGGGCCUCCUCGACGGCCUGGCGCGCCUCGAGGUCCUCGACCUCGGCGGCAACCGCCUCGGGGCCCUGCCGGAGGACGGGGCCCUGGGCCGCGACGCGCCGGCCCUCAGGCACCUGGUGCUCGCCCGCAACCGGCUGCGGCGGCUGACCGCGGCCUCCCUCGCCGGCCUGGCGCGCCUCGAGUGGCUGGACGCGUCGGCCAACGGGCUGGCCCGGCUCGACGACGGGGCCCUGGGCGGCGGCGCUCCGUCCCUGCGGGCCCUGCACCUGGUGGACAACCGGCUGGAGGCGCUGGGGCCGGGGGCCUUCCGCGGCCUCCGGCGGCUGGAGAGGCUCCACCUGGACGGCAACCGCCUGCGGUCCCUGCCGGCCGGGGCCUUCGACGACUGCGCGGCCCUCCGCUUCCUCUACCUGGGCCGCAACGGCCUGAGGUCCCUGGCGCCGGGCCUCCUCGGCCCGACGCCGCGCCUCGAAAUGCUGGACCUCUCCGACAACGAGCUGGCCGCCUUGCCCGACGGGUGGCUGGCGCCGGCGAGGGCGCUCGGCCGGGAGUUCGGCCAGGGCGUCGACCUGGCCGGCAACCCGUGGCGCUGCGACUGCGGCCUCGCGUACCUCUGGGCCUGGCUGCGGGACAACCGCGACGCCGUCUACUGGCCGCACAAGGUGGCCUGCGCGGGGCCUCCGGCCCUGGCGGCGGCCGCCGUGGUCAACGUGAGCCGCGAGGAGCUGGAGGUGAACUGCGGGCGCGGUUGAGGUGGCGGCGGUUGGUUGUGUAGGCGGUCCGCACCGCCCCUUCUCCUCCUGUCCUCAAUC